CUUGGCCGUCGCUGUUUCUCGUCUCUCCGAUUCAUCGUCCUCGCCGAUAUCACUCGUUUAGGAUCGUUGAGGUCUCUCUCUCUCUCUCUCUCUCUCUCUCAUGGAUUCAUCCAAAGAGGUCUCAGUCGAGAUCUUCCCCUACAUCCGAGUCUACAAAGACGGCACCUUCGACCGCCUCGCCGGCUUCGAGGUCGCCCCGCCCGGCCUCGACCCGGACACCCGAGUCGAUUCCAAGGACGUCCUCAUCCUCCCUGACACCGGCAUCUUCGCCCGGAUCUACCUCCCCUCCUCCGCCUCCUCCGCAGCCAAGAAACUCCCCCUCGUCGUCUACUUCCACGGCGGGGCCUUCAUCAUCGCCACCAUCGCCGACCCCAAGUAUCACGCCAGCCUCAACGCCCUUGUCGCCGAGUCCAACGCCAUCGUCAUCUCUGUCGACUAUCGCCGAGUCCCCGAGCACCCUCUCCCCGCAGCCUACGAUGACUCCUGGGCUGCUCUGCAGUGGAUCGCGUCCGAGCAAGCCCGGAGCGAGCCGUGGCUCAGGGACCAUGCCGACUUCGAUCGGCUCUUCCUCGUCGGCGACAGUGGUGGCGCCAACAUGUCUCACCACUUGGCCAUGCGACUCAGGGAUGACGUGCUUGGCGAGCGGGUCAAACUCUCGGGGAUCGGGAUGAUACAACCGUACUUCUGGGGCGAGACACCGAUCGGAGAGGAGGUGGUGGACCACGGUCGGAAGGCGUUGGUGGACAGCUGGUGGCGCUUCGUGUGCGUGUCGGACAAGGGAGGCGACGACCCGGUGAUCAACCCGUUCGCGGACGGGGCCCCCGGCGUGAAGGGGCUGGCGUGCAAGAAGGUGCUGGUGAUCGUGAGCGAGAAGGACAUACUGAGGGACAGAGGGAGGCUGUACUACGAGAAGCUGGUGGAGAGCGGCGGGCCGGCGGCGGCGGAGUUCAUGGAGAUCGAAGGCGAGGAUCAUGUGUUCCACAUCUUCGACCCGAGCUGCGAAAGGGCCAAGAGGAUGUUCAAGCGCUUGGCCUCGUUCAUUAACAGUGAUGGUGAUUGUGCAUGACAGAAAAGAGAGAAGUUGACAAGCAGAGGGCGUUUUCGAACUUGCCUUAUUAAUUUGCCUGAAGUUCGACCGUGGUGGUCCCCUUUGUCGGUUGUACUGGUGAAAAAAAAUAAAAAUAAUGGUCGAUACGUUCUUGACCACAAGAAUUGCGUGUAGCUUUUGCAAUUCCCGAUCAUUUGCAUGUUACUUUCUGGGUGCGGGUUUAACAUUAGUAACCUCUGACUCGACCAACCGGGUGAGAGGCGCGCGUGUCGUGUUUUGGCUUUCGUGGCAAGGUUCGAGACUAUGGUUUUUAUUAAGCGAACUUGGCCCAUGACGGUCCUUUUCGAGGUAUUAAA